UUCUAUACGCAGGAGAGCCGGUCAUCUUCUUUUACGCCAUUACACCAGACCUACACAUACACACACACACACACACACACACACACAUAUACACCUUAUCCUACAUAACCUUGAUACUCACAAUCUUUUCCCCUACACUCAUUCAUCAUGGCCACCCAAGUCAAGGAGAAGGCGUCAGCCUCGCAGUUCGAAAUCGACACCCAAGACCACCACCUCAAGGGCAAGGUUCGCACCAUCAAGACGCUUGAUAACGUGCGGACUGGUCUCACCAUCCUGGCCCUGAUCAUGGGUAUUUCCAUCCUGGGCGUCUCGGCCGAUACCCUACAAGUCUACAACGCUACCAGCGUGCCACCAGGAUAUGAACAGCUGCUACCUUUGUGGCCCCAGAACUUCAACCUCCGCCCAACCGUGGCAUUGGUGGUUGGCGCCGCUUUUGUUGUGGUGGCCAAUGCUGUCUCGGUACUUUGCAGCCGAAUCGUGAUCGUUCGCAAUCGAUCCAUGAUACACACGUCGCAGUCACUUGCCGUGCCAUUCGUGGGCCUCGUCGCAGCCCUGAUCGCCAUGAUAUUUUUCUACGCUGUCAAUGCCUCGGACAGCGAGGACACCCUCCUGAGCUGGACCUGCCGCUGGAAGACGCUGUCAAUGGUCCAGAACCCCCACUUUGGCACUCUGUGCAAGGAGAGCUGGGCUGGUCUCUACCUGACCAUCCUCCUCAUCCCCGUCGAGGUUGCCGUCCUCGCCGUUGCUGCAUACCAGGCCAAGCUGGAGAAGUAUGCAAGUGCUUAUACAUAUGCUAGGGACACACCCAGCCCCAGCACACGUGUGGGCUCUGUGAGGGAGGAGGGUGCGUGAACAACAAGAAGAGGAUGAAGAAAAUGAAUAAAUUUAUGGGCCAGAAAGGCGCACGACAAGUGUCGUGCGGCUUAAACGUAAAUUUGCCUCAAUGAUGGAUGGUGUAUCGAAUGGUUGUUUAUCUUUUACACAAACUCGGGUUCGGCUGCGCUCGCCUGGUCACUAAUAUGGACAGUUUUCUUUUUUCUUUUCUUUUCUUUUCUCGGGCAGGGUCUCUGGUCGUUAUAUUACCCAAGGCUCAGGAGCAUGAUUUUCAAAGGGCUAGGAUAUUCCCGAAGUUUCGCAAUUCACCUGCUUCUUGUUCGUUCACCUUCCCUGAAAUUUGUUUUGAGUAUAAGCUAGCUGGGCACCGGUACCCUCGAGCUUUUGCAGAUCCCUUUCAAGGUAUUACCGUAUGUAUACUCUCAGGCGCUCAGUAAUCGAUCGGCCCGUUCUUUCUCAUUUUGCCCUGUUUUUCUGUCCCCGCUGCUAUAAGUUAUAUCCAGGAGGAAGGGGAAACUUAAUUACGGAGGCAAAUGUUGGCCAUUUCUCAGGCAUUCGUGAAAUUGAGGGCUAACGGGAUUAGUACAUGUAGCUACCCGCCCCAAGCUGGAGACUUUUACGCCCCGCGUCUUGGGCUAGUGCAAGCUUAAUGUUCAGCCAAUAAAUGUUAUGCAGUUUUGGCUUUUUUUUUUUGCCCUCUUCUUCUUUGUGUCUUGUCUCUUGUUUGCACUGCCAUGUCCCGGGAGUGUGCCCCGGAAUUUGGCCCCCCGCCUUCACGGCGUCUUGAAUACAGGAGGUACGCUUGGCUGGCGUCCGGGGAAGCGAAUUUCAUUUCGUACAGUAAAGUGAUUGAUUUGGCGCAUGGCAAUUUGUAUCAUAAUCCACUUGGUUUGUUUAGCUUGUCCGUUCCUCCCCGUUUGUUUGUCUCAG